CGUCUUUUGCUACAACACUUAAACUUAAUAGUGCAAAAUACCCGCGAUUGACCGGCAUACAAUUCGCCUACGGGACCUCAGGCAUUCGAACCAAGUAAGCAUGACCGAUUGUCAAAAUGGCGUCAGCUCAAUUCAUGUAGAACUCUCACAUGUUUUCUGCAUAGAGCAUUCAAACAAACUCAAUAAAUGCGCCGGUUAUGUAAACAAACUGAAUUUGUCUUGAUGUGAUCGUUCUACGGCAACACAAAUAACUUCUUCAAAGUUUCUUAGUAGUUCAAAGUCUUCGACUAGAGAGUUCUGCUACAUCAUCUUUGUACAUUUAGUUCGCCGAAAAAUGUUUUUGUGGCCCGACUAUUGUUACACGUUGCGAACCAUUCACACAAAAAUCGUAUAUCGAGGGCGGGCUUUUUGAAAAUUCAUGAAUUUCAUGCCGUCAGAGCUGAUAAGUCUCUACAACUAAUGUGGGUCGUCGUGCGUGAAGGAUCUAUUUUAGGCACCCGAAUUGUUUAAGGGCCAAUCUACUUAUGCUCUGAAAAAAUAUCAUGUUAGUUAUAAAGCCCGCGAGAUUCUAGGAAUUAAGUAAGCAUAAUGGCACUAUUGUUAUCACUAUACGAAUCAUGCGUUCGGAUAAGUUUCCUAAAUAAAAUUUCUAAAUAAAUGUUUGCAACAAUGGACGUUACGCGCUGCUUACUCAAACCGAUCAACGAAUGAGACUGAUAGAGAGGUCGUAGUUGUUGCCGGUACUUGAAGGGGCAAUGUAUGGAGUACAGUGGAAUAUUGCAACGCUUCGGCAGACACGCUUUCUGGGGCGAUGUUUCGGCUUGGAGUAAUCGCAGCACUUCGUUCGCGUUCCGUGGGUGGUGCCACUAUCGGAUGCAUGGUUACAGCAUCGCAUAAUCCCGAAUGUGACAAUGGAGCCAAACUGAUUGACCCAUUAGGGGAGAUGAUGGAAAUCAGCUGGGAAGCUCGUACAACUGAGGUUGUCAAUGCGGCUGAUAACGAACUCCUUGAGAAACUGGAGAAAAUUGUUACUGAACUUGCAAUUCCUGAGGGAUACUCCAAUGUGGUUGUAGGCUGCGAUACCCGAAAGAGCUCUCCCGGCUUAUUGCAGGCUGUAAUUGAUGGCGCUGGGAGCGUUGCCUCAUGCAUGGUUCAGGACGUUGGAACGGUGACCACACCUCAGCUGCACUUCAUUGUUAGGUGCCGUAAUGACCCAAAGUACGGAACGGCCUCGCUUGACGGAUACUACGGGAAAUUAAGCGCUGCCUUUAAUCGGGUUGUCUCAACGACGGCUAGCAACCCGACGCACUACAAUCCAAAGCUGACGGUGGACGCUGCCAAUGGAGUGGGGUCUGAAAAGUUACGAGUGCUCGCUGGACACCUUGGAGGAUCCGUCCAGGUGACAAUUGUCAAUGAUGGGGACGGGAUAUUGAACCACGAAUGCGGGGCCGACUACGUCAAAACCGGCCAGAAAGCACCCGCCGGCUUAACGUUGAGUCCAUUGGCGCGGUAUGCUUCACUCGACGGUGACGCGGACAGACUUGUUUACUACUUUGCCGAUUCUGAAGGGAAGUUCAGGUUGCUUGAUGGGGAUCGCAUAGCUACACUUCUCACCCGUUACCUCAAGAAACUUCUAGAUGAAGCUCAAGUGAAAGACCUAGAUCUGGCUAUCAUUCAGACGGCCUAUGCAAAUGGAAGUUCUACCGAAUACAUCAGAAAUAAGCUGAACGUUUCAGUGACAUGUGUACCUACUGGAGUAAAGCAUCUUCAUCAUGAGGCCCUUAAGGCCGGUGUCGGUAUUUACUUUGAAGCCAACGGACACGGAACGAUUUGCUUCAGCGCUCGUGCCAAACAGCUAAUAGCUUCUUCUAAUGCAGUCGCUUCCCGCAAACUUUUGGAUUUCAUCGAUAUGACAAACGAGACUGUAGGCGACGCACUCUCUGAUUUGCUCCUCGUUGAGGCUGUUCUGAGGGAUUUGGACUUGGAUGUCGCUGACUGGCUCAGUGAGUACGAAGAUCUCCCCAGCCGACAGAUCAAAGUUACAGUUCCAGAUCGUACAGCGAUUAAAACAACAAAUGCGGAAACGAAAUGCACGGCUCCAGAGGGACUCCAAGCUGCUAUUGAUACAGCCGUGGCCAGGUACCCGAAGGGACGAUCCUUUGUAAGGCCAUCGGGAACAGAGGACAUCGUUAGGGUCUAUGCUGAGGCUGCAGGAGAAACCAAUGGGAAAGAGAACGCUGAGCUUCUUGCCGCUGAAGUUGUGCGCCUGGUGCAAACAUUUCUAGCAGAAAUGACAUCUUUGAAACAUGUAGAGCGAUUGUUGCGUGCAGAGUCGUGAUGACGUGCAGUCAAACGUCGUCUGGUACAGCCUCUGCUCACUUAAGCUUUUAGCUUGGAAGAACGGUACAUAGAUGGCGUGAAUUAGCUUCGCUACUGUCUAACUUCAUUUUGAUUAGGAUCGAU